AUGAAUCUUUUCGCUAAGGACGCGAAGCUGCCGCCAGAACUUAGAGCUUUACCGUACGAUGUUAACAGCGUCUUACAUUUUGGCGAUCGUGAGUUUAGUAAGAAUGGACAUAGGACUAUUCUAUUCAAAAAUCGCGACAUGAAACAGGAAAGACGAGGCCUAACUGCUUCAGACCUACGUAAAAUAGAAAUCGUCUAUGGCUUAGAAUGUCAGAAUCGAGACAGACAAGCGAAAAUCGAGCUUUGUCAACAUUACCCUGGUAUCAUUAGAAAGAAGCGUGAUACAGAACUAGAAGUAACAAGAAGCCUUCGUGUCAAUCCAGAAAUUACACCACCGCCAGCCAAUGUAUCAGAAGUAUUGUCUAAAAGCAUCAAGGACUUAGGAAUAGUUGACGAAGUCCAAAACAUAAUAGAAGACGUAUACAAGCUAACAGCACUAGCUUUGAAAAAUGCUAGAGUCAAAUAUUGCAAUGAAACCAAAGACACACUUCGCACAGACUCAAAAACAGAAGAUAGGGAAUCGAAAACAGACAUUCUGGGAAUCAUAGAGAUUAUAACAGAUUAUACGCAGACAAUUGUCGACAACGCUGUCAGUAAUCUGACGGAAUUCUGCGAAGUGUCAGAAUCAAUUGACAAAUAUGCCAGAGUUCGUUGCAGCUGGUACGAUAUCCAGAAUAACAGAUGCGGCAACUACUAUAAGUCUACUAAAUCGGGAGCCGUUAAGUAUUCUACUCAGCAUAGACCUGUUUACUACCAAUCUACUAAGCAUAAAGGCAGGGCUGUGGUAUAUAAUUACGCGCACAUGGGCUUCAGAGCUGGUGCAGAACUGGAAAAUGCAACAGAAAAUACUAAUUCCAGUAGACAAAAACGUAAUACAGAUAAUGCAAUAACAGCUAGCGUUAACGAGAGCACAGAUUCUACAAGCGUUGCCAGUACUAAAAUUUUAUCUAGUGCAGUAGAUGCAAAGGAAAAUACUUCUAAAUCUAUUCUGAGGAUGGCCACGACUAUACAUUUACAGAAGAAGAAGAACUACGCGCCGCUAAUGAGAAGAUUUAUACAGAAUAGACUGAAAGGCGAUCCAGAUAUUACGUCGAACAAUCAAGCAAGAACCAGAGGAUUUCGGCAGAAGAAGACACUGCAUAGCGUGGAAAGAACGAGAGAGAAAUUGGAAGAAGAGAGAGAGGAACGACCGAAAUUUAACGAAGAUACAGUUUCUUCGAACAUACGAGCAAGAACGAGAAGACUUCGGCACAGGCAGAAGAUACACAGUGUAGAAAGAACGAGUGAGAACUCAGAUGUCUUUGAAAAUUUAGAGCAAAAAAGAGAAAGAAGACCCAGAAAACGAGAAAGGAAGAUAAAAGACAGCGAAGUGCCGAAGCGGGUUAAGCUUUCUAAGCAAAACAAAGAGUUCUAUAAUGAAAGAAAGUGGCCAGAUAACAUCGUGAAAUAUAUUAUAACAGACGAUAAAAGAUAUAAUAUUAACAACUUAAGAAAUCGUUUGGAAGAAGUCAACGAGAUAUUGAAGAAAAAGACUUGCGUUCGUUUGGAAGAAAUUACGGAUACGGAGUUACAUACCGACUACUUGGUCUUGGAUACGAGUCCUGAUUAUGUCACGGGAAGAGUGGGAGGGAGACAGGUAUCCUUAACGACAAUCAUUGUUACUAAGGUUAAUAAUCAAAAUUAG